GCGUGUAAACCGGAAGUAUCCGCGUUUCGCGCGUAGUGCAUUAUGGGCCGGUGGCCGGCGGAUCGCUGAGCGAGUGAUCUGAGCCUGUCGGUGAGGAUGUGAGUGGGAUCUGACGAUAUUAUGAUCGCCAGGAGCUGCUUUAUUUCAUAUAACAGUCAGCCUCAUAUGUGAGGGAUCCGCAGUGAUGUCCUCUAAUCAGGGCUCGUCUCCGAUCCCUCAGUCCAGCGGGGGCACCAGCGAUGGACUCUUCCGGAAGCCCAGGGACCCUUCGACGGCCCCCAGACACUAUCGAACGCCGCGCUCCUUACCGGACGUCUGCCCUAAAGAGCCCCCCGGUGAGGGUCGUGCUCUCUGUGACGGGCCGUCCGUUGUGGUUGACCAGCACCGCUGGACUGUGUAUAACUCUAAAGUGAACCUCCCCGCGGCCCUGAACGACCCCAGGCUGGCCAAGAGAGAGUCAGACUUCUUCACUAAGACGUGGGGCCUGGACUUCACCGAGACUGACGUCAUGCCUUCAUUCUACCUGCCCAACAUCAGCCGAGAACACUUCAGCUCCUACCUGCAGGAGAUGGCUCAGAGGGAGAAGAUUCACGAGCGCUGUAAGAACAUUUGCCUGAACAAAGACGAUCUGUCAGUGCAAACAACAACAAACAAUCAACGUACCAUUCAACUAACUCAUAAAAAUACCAGAGCGGAACUGGAGCAGGUGCCCAAGAUCUUCAUGAAGCCUGAGUUUGUGCUGAAUGACCCAGCCACGUUUAACGCCGUGUUGCCGUGGUCUCACUUCAGCGUCGCCGGGGGCAAGAACAGCCGAGAUGUUGCGUCGUCACGGUUACUGCAGGAGAAGUUGAGUCACUAUCUGGACGUGGUGGAGGUGAGCAUCGCUCGGCAGAUCUCGCUCCGCUCCGAGGCUUUUUUUCACGCCAUGUCGUCGCAGCACGAGCUCCAGGACCGUCUGCGAGAGACGGCCGAUGCUGUGGCCAAGCUCCGCGCGCGCACCGCCGCCAUCGACCGCGUGAUGUGCCGCGGGCCGCUGCGAGUGCUGCGAGACGCUCUGACCCGAAACAACUGCAUUAAGCUACACAAUAAACUGAAGCUGAUGGCCGCCGUGCACCAGACGCAGCCCACGGUGCAGCUGCUCCUCUCCACCUCAGAGUUCGUGGGGGCGCUGGAGCUCAUCGCCACCACCAAAGAAGUGCUGCAGCAGGAACUGCAGGGGAUUCACAGCUUCAGACAUUUGGGUUCUCAGCUCUGUGAGAUGGAGAGGCUGAUCGAUAAGAUGAUGGUGGCCGAUUUCUCCACGUACACUCAGAGCGAUCUCAAUCGAGCCUUUGAGGAGGACAGUCAGGUCCUGGAGAAGGAUCGUUUGCAGUCUCUGGUCUUUGGCCUGUUGAGACAGAGGAAGCUGGAUUUCCUGGACAUCUACAGCGAGGAGAUGAUCCGAGCCGCCAAGAACAUCGUUCGACAGUGUGUUGUGAAGUCUGUGUUGCAGAUCAGUGAGAUCGAUGCAGACACUGUCAAAUUUCAUGAGCAGAUGCGCUUGAUGACGUUUCCUCAGUGGUUUGAUCUGCUGCUGGAUAUUUUUGAACACUUCAUCCUGUUCCUCAAGAGGAUCAAGGCUACGCUCAGCAUCAUCCGCAACAUGGUGCUGGAGGUGCUGGACAGCAGUCAGAGGAGUCGGCUAGCAGACGUUUCCUCUGCAACCAAUCAUUCUGACGGCAGGACCAAUGAGGAGGAAGAGGAGGCGGAGUCUGGAGGCCCCGCCCUUCAUUCAGGAGAGGCGGAGCUCGCGUAUCUCACUCACGAGGGGCUGUUCAUCAGUGAUGCGCUGAAUGAAGCGGAGCAGCGUAGUAACGCAGCAGCACAUGCGCAGCUGAGAGCACAGACGCACACAGAGACCUGCGGGAGCGACUCGGCCUCCGCAACGACCGAAUCUUCCUCCAGCAGGGAACACAACUCCAACACUACCUCCUCCCUGCCCAUAGGGGGCGCUGCUGUGAUUAGUGAGGACGUCAUGCCGUCCGAUCUGGAGUUGAGCCGGGUGGCCAAUAACGUUCAGGAGCUGCUGUACACGGCGUCAGACGUCAGUCACGACCGCUGCGUCAAAGUGCUCAUGACCCGAGCCAAGGACGGCUCUCUGGAGCGCCUGAGCUCGUCAGAGUUUGUGUGUUUGAGUCAAGCGGUGGAGUCGUUCGUCAGAGACACUGAAGAGCUGUGCGGCCGGCGCAGCAUGAGCCUGAGGGGGGCGCUGCAGAGUCAGGCCAACCGCUUCGUGCAGCGCUUCCACGAGGAGCGCAAGACUAAACUCAGUCUGCUGCUGGAUAAUGAGCGCUGGAAGCAGGCCGAGGUCCCGGCUGAGUUUCAGGAUCUGGUCGACUCCAUCGCUGAUGGACGCAUCACGCUGCCUGAGCGCAAACCCACAGGGUGUGAGGACAGGAAGCCCAGUGAGUUUCUGUGUGUCGACGGGCAGAAGUACGCUGUGGUCGGGACGGUGCUGCUGCUGAUCCGGAUGUUUCUGGAGUACUGCCAGUGUGUGAACGACAUUCCCUCCAUCACCACUGACAUCCUCACGCGCCUCGCUGACCUGCUCAAGCACUUCAAUUCUCGCAGCUGUCAGCUGGUGCUGGGGGCAGGAGCUCUGCAGGUGGUGGGCCUGAAAACCAUCACCACCAGAAACCUGGCUCUGGCGUCCCGCUGUCUUCAGCUGGUGGUUCACUACAUCCCUGUGAUCAGAGCGCACUUUGAGACCAGACUGCAGCCCAGACAGUACAGCAUACUGAGACACUUCGACCACAUCACCAAGGACUAUAACGAUCACAUCGCAGAGAUCUCUGCCAAACUUGUGGCCAUCAUGGACAGUAUGUUUGAGAAGGCUCUGUCUAAGUAUGAGGUGAAGGCGCCGAUGCCGUCUGCGUGUUUGCGUAACGUGUGUAAACAGAUGGCCAAAAUGCACGAGGCCAUUCAUGAGCUGUUACCGGAGGAGCAGACGCAGAUGCUGUUCCUCAGGAUAAGCGCCAGCUUUAAGCUGCAUCUGAAGAGACAGUUAGCGCGACUGGGAGUCGGCAAUGAUGGUGGACCUCAGUAUGGGCUGGUGAUGGUGGACGUGGCGUUUUACUCGGAGAACGUGCAGGCUCUGCGCUCUCUGGAGCAUCUGGACUUAAACAUGCCGGAGAUCUGGGAGCAGAAAAGGUGAUGACGGGCAGCUCGUCCGGGCCAAUCAGGCCUCUCCGUCACGCCGACCAUCACGGUGACCAGCUCCUGUAUCUGAGGAGGACGUGAGGUCAGUGGAUGAAGAGACUCAGGACUCGAGGUCUUGUGUGUUUUAGUACCUCGUGACACCGCCGCCUCCUCCUUCCCCAGUGACAGACCCGGAGCCUCUCCUGUGAUGUAGAGACUUCUGUACUAACAGGACGUGCCCCGGAGGUACCGACAGAUUUCUUGUGGAGACCAAAUCAGGACAAGCUUGAGUGUUUGGAUUUGUGGGGGAUAUGUUUUUUGUUGUCGUAAAGCGGAGACGCGUCCUCAGUGCCUCCUUCAGUACCGCCACUACAGUGCAUCUUUCCAUUUGUGUGCAGUUCUGUCUGAUUAUUAUUAUUAUUAUUAUUGCUGAAUUAUUUAAUCACAGUCAGAGGAAUCAAGGAAUGGUUAUUUAUUUUAAUCAGUUUGUUGUUGAUUGAUCAAUCAUGUUUUGUUUUUUUCACAUAAAGCUUUCCGGUGAUAGCGGCCGGUUGGAGAACCACAGCUAAGAAGGGUUUUAAACACAUUUUGCUGACUUGUUCUCUGAUUUUCCACCAGUAUAUAUAUAUGAUUUUAAUGCUGCUCUUGGUUUUCACGUUCAGGGUCGCUGAGUUGAACUAUUAAAACUUUAAAGGGUUAAAGGUCAAGUAUUGCCGUCCGUGUUUAUCGGGAGAAUCUGACUGUUUAAAUGAAGUCUGCUUUAUAUGGUCUACAUGAAGAAGAUCUUUCGUACUUCAACAAAAUCAGAUAAAGCCUUUGACGUCAAUCAGCUUUAAUCAGAACUAUUGAAGACAUCGGUUACACUGACUUCCAGAACCCUAUUGUACUAAAUGAUGAAAAGGAAUUUAAAAUGAAGUUUAAAGUCAGAGUAGAAAUGAAGACGAGAAUCCUUCUGUGUUCUUGCCGAGGUGCAGCCAAGUCUGAAAAUGAAAGAGUUCUUCAUGAAGAGUCAUCAUUAUAACUUCUUGUCCAUGCAAACUAGAGCAUUAACUUGACUUCUCCAGCAUCCACAGUGUUACUGUCACCCUGUCUCUUCUCCAGUGCUGAUUUGAAUAAAUCGAGGCCUGUGAUUGGUUGUUGAGAAUGGAAAGUGUGUUUUUAAAUCACGUAUUGUUUUGCUGUGAGCUCUUAUCAUUGACGGUGGGUUUCUGUUUAGCACAAUCCAUCUGUCACACUAUUUAACACUCAUUCUGUCCGCUUCAGAAGUGCCUAACCUUUUAUUUGGUGGCAGAAACUUCUAACUCAAACUGUACACUUGUGGGCUAGUGUGUGUGUGUGUAUGCGUGAGAGUUUUGAGGGCCCUCGUUUUGGCAAAGAAAUAUACUGAUGAAGACUCUUGUGGCAUGCUUGACUUUUUAAAAUGUGGCACUUUUUAUUAUUAAUAAAGCCACAGUGAACAUUGA